AUGGUUGCGGCGGCGGCGGUUUUGGAGGAGGCGAUGCGACGGGGUGCCGGGAGCGUCGGGGACGACGACGUGGCCGCGCGCAGGGCGGAGGAGGCCGCAAUAAGAAGGCAUGAAGCAGCCAGUUGGUUGCGAAAAACGGUUGGGGUAGUGUGUGCAAGGGACCUGCCAGAAGAGCCCUCUGAGGAGGAAUUACAGCUUGGACUGAGAAAUGGCAUUGUCCUCUGCAACGCACUGAAUAAGGUCCAGCCAGACGCCAUACCCAAGGGUGGCAAAAGUGUUCGAAUCGUGGACUGUAUUCUUGCUCUGAAGUCAUUCAGUGAAAAAGAGGCUACCCAGAAUGGUUUUCCAGGAGAGCAAAAGUUAUCUCCUGAUUGUUCUCCAGAAUCCUAUGAGACUACUUCAGACUCCCUUAGCACGGUUGUCCGCACAAUUCUCUUAGAUAAGAAACCAGAAGAAAUCCCAUUGAUUGUUGAAACACUACUAAGCAAAGUUAUUCAGGAAUACGAACAUCGCUUUGCAAAUCAGAACUUGAUGGAUGAAGAGAAGCAAAAUAUCUUGACUACAAAGGAGGAGGUCAAUUUUGCAGUAAAUGGUAGUAAUGCAGCUCAAAAGUUCCAACUAAAGGAAGAAAUAAAUUUUGAUCUACAGCACAAACAGAUCAAGGAGUUGAGAGGUACUGUUUCUUCUAUCAAGUCUGGCAUGGAACAACUGAAAUGGCACUACUCUGAGGAGUUCACUAAACUUGGGAAGCAUUUGUACACUCUAUCCGAUGCUGCUUCUGGAUACCAUAAAGUUCUUGAGGAAAAUCGCAAGUUAUACAACCAGAUACAGGAUCUUAAAGGAAAUAUUAGAGUUUAUUGUCGAGUCAGGCCUUUCCUUCCUGGGCAAAUAAGUUCCUUAAGCAGUGUUGCUGGAAUGGAAGAAAGAACCAUUACAAUAAUGACUCCUACAAAAUAUGGAAAAGAUGGAAGCAAAUCUUUCACUUUCAACAAAGUCUUUGGUCCAGCAGCCACUCAAGAUGAGGUCUUUUCAGAUAUGCAACCAUUGAUACGUUCAGUUCUUGAUGGUUUCAAUGUCUGCAUAUUUGCGUAUGGCCAAACAGGAUCUGGGAAGACUUAUACAAUGAGUGGACCUAAAGUUUUAACAGAGGAAAGCCUAGGUGUCAACUAUAGAGCAUUAAAUGACUUAUUUAAUCUCCAAGCACAGAGAAAGGGGACAAUAGAUUAUGAUAUUUCUGUACAGAUGAUCGAGAUAUACAAUGAGCAAAAAGGACUUGCAGUUCCAGAUGCAAGCAUGGUUCCUGUCACAUCUACGUCUGAUGUUGUUGAACUGAUGAAUCAAGGCCAAAAGAAUCGUGCAGUGGGUUCAACAGCCAUAAAUGACCGCAGUAGCCGCUCCCACAGUUGUUUGACUGUUCAUAUGCAAGGAAGAGAUUUGACAUCUGGGACAGUUUUAAGAGGUUGCAUGCAUCUGGUGGAUCUAGCAGGCAGUGAAAGGGUUGAUAAGUCUGAGGUUGUUGGAGAUAGACUAAAGGAGGCUCAGUACAUAAACAAGUCACUUUCAGCACUGGGAGAUGUGAUUGCAUCCCUUUCCCAAAAGAACACACAUGUACCUUACCGAAACAGCAAGCUCACCCAGCUCUUGCAAGAUUCACUAGGAGGACAAGCAAAAACUCUUAUGUUUGUUCACAUAAGCCCAGAACUUGACGCUGUUGGUGAGACGAUAAGCACCUUGAAAUUUGCUGAACGUGUUGCCUCUGUUGAGCUUGGUGCAGCAAAACCAAAUAAAGAAGGCAGCGAGAUUAGAGAGCUCAAAGAACAGAUUGCUUUCCUCAAGGCUGCAUUGGCUAAGAAGGAAGGAGAACCGGAGAACAUUCUAAGCACACAGUCAAGCCCAAGCAUAUACAGAAUUAGAAAAGGCAAUGCAACACCUGCAGCUCCAAUGGAAGAAGUUGGGAACCUAGAGGUCCAGAAUGUCUUCACUCCAGCUCAAAAGAGGUCAAAAAUGCAUUUGUCUGGCAUCCUCACUGAGAACAACUCGUCUAACUCAGUUCAGAAUUGCAAUGGUCCUCAGAAGGAAAUAGGAUUAGGGGGUUGGGUUGACAAGAUGGCUCUUGGAGACAACCACUUUGAGAAUUCUAAUUCCAUCCUAGAGUUGGAGCCUGACACAGCACAGCUUCCAACUUCUUUCUAUCAAAUAUACAGUCCUGUGCAACAAAGCUGUAGGACUGAAUCAGUACCAUCGGUGGGUCUACACGGCUUUGAUUCUGCUACUAGCUGUUCCAACCAAGAGAUUGGGAUGUCAACCAUGGGACUAAAAGCUUCUGGUAUUGCCAAUAGAGGCGCCUCAACUAUAAAAAAGCCUGAAGCUACAUCAAUGAGGAGUACAAAUCUGGCAAGCAAGUCUCCACUGUCGCAGAAAAAACUGCAAACACCAACCAGGAACAGGAACCAGCUAACUUUAAGCAGCAUAGGUGGAAGAAGAACACCAAAUGGAAAAAUUGGCAUUGCAAAGUAA